AUGAGGCUUCUGCCUGCAUCGGGGCGAAAGGCGACGCAGAAGGUGGUUGUUGGAGAUCAGGAUGGGGUCAUUACAUGUUUUGGCAUAAAAAAAGGAGAAGCUGUGCCAGUGUUCAAGACACUGCCAGGCCAAAAAAUUGCAAGGUUGGAGUUGGGAGGAGCUCUUAAUACACCACAAGAGAAAAUUUUUGUGGCUACAGGAUCAGAAGUUAGAGGUUUCACAAAAAGAGGGAAGCAGUUUCUUUCGUUUCAAACUAACCUCACUGAAAACAUCAAAGCUAUGCAUAUUUCAGGAGCAGACCUCUUUCUCUGUGCAAGCUAUAUCUAUAACCAUUACUGUGACUGCAAAGACCAACACUACUACCUAUCAGGAGAUAAAAUCAGUGAUGUGCUCUGCCUUCCCGUAGAUAAAGUGAAUUGCAUUACACCGGUACUUGCAUGUCAGGAUAGAGUCCUCAGAGUUUUACAGGGAUCUGAUUUACUGUAUGAAGUAGAAGUUCCUGGACCACCUACUGUUCUUGCUUUAAACAAUGGAAGUGGGGGUGAUUCUGGAGAAGAAAUAGUGUAUGGAACUUCUGACGGUAAACUGGGACUUGUCCAGAUUACUGGUUCCAAGCCUAUAACUAAGUGGGAAAUUGGAAAUGAGAAAAAGAGAGGUG